AUGAGGAGCCGCGAUGGCUCGUGCGCUGAUGGACGCGUUGGCGAGGCGCAAGAGCCACGGAGCCUGGUCGGAUCCAGCACGAAGCACUCCCGCUCAAAUGCAGGGUACCCGCUGGUGGAUGAGGACUACACAGUGAGCAGCGGAAGCGUGCGAAGAAUGCGAGAGGCCAAGCAGCCGCCUCGACGAGUCAAGCUGCAAAAGCCGCUGCGCGGUGCUGGAGCCCGCUGUGUCGAGGUCAUUGUGGAGGAAAGCCACGACGCCUCGGCAGCCGAUGUGAGCGAAAACGAGGAGGAGCUCGAGGAGCAGCAGCGGUUCAAGCAGUUUAUCUCAAGCGCCCAGGCCAUGGCCUCAGAGGCCGAGGAGAAGCGCUGCCCGCACGGCGUUCACCAGAUGCAUCCGUUCUACGACAGCGUGGGCAUGACGCUGGUCAUCAACGAGCUGAAGCCAGAGCGUAUGGUCGAACUGGGCCACAACACACCGUCGGCACUCCUCGAGUCGGGCAUGCAUGAGCUAUUCUGGACGGCCUACGAGCAGCUCUCGGAUCAGGGCCUGGCCGCCGCUGCGGUGACGCGUCUGUUUGACGACAAUGAAGGGCAGUAUCGGCAUCGCCCCAUGCGGCAAGUACAGCCGCAAACCGUCAGCAGGUACCUGAGUCUUGGGACACGCCUGGUCCAAUUUUUGCUGCUGCUGGAGGCCAUGCCAGCCCCCGAUCCGUCUAGCUUUCUGGGCCAGGUGCUUGCCAGCCGCGGCCCUGCGGUAAUUGAUGCCACCGUGGCUCUGAGGGCGGGCCUGAACGCUGAAAUGACCAAGAAAGAGCUGGUCGAGCCCCUCACGUCCCUGUGGCUGGCCCUGGUGGAGGUGGAGCUGAGCCUAUUUGACAACGACAAGGUGCACUUUGUCAACGUCUUCCUAUUGUGCACGGCCGUGUCCAAAGGAAGCGGCAUCCUGCAAGACAUCAGGCAGUGGACCACGACGCCCGCUGGACUGCUGUACGUUUUCAAAUUGUUCCUGCUUCGCCGUGGCAAGAAUGAGUCGUGGUCAGUGGCCAACGAGUUGAGGCCGUAUAUGCAGCCCGGGCGAUUGGUGCAUUUCUUGAGCCAGCGCAUGAGCAUGGCACGAACAGCGAGCGUGGCCGAGGGGCAGGCUGGAGUCGACGUCGACAUCCGAGCCGAUGGCGACGUGACGGACGAGACGCUGCGCACCAUUGUCUGCCGAG